CUUAAUCUUGCCAUUAUGGCCUCCAUGGCUUUAAGAUCAGCACUCAAAGCGAAGGUUCCAUUUAAAGUUGGCCGCAUGUGCUACUCUUCGGUGCCCACUACCAAGCUGCUCAUUGAUGGAAAGUUUGUUGAAUCCAACACUACAGAAUGGCUUGAUAUUCACAAUCCUGCUACCAACGAGGUGAUCGCCCGUGUGCCAAAAGCCACCCAGCAGGAAAUGUUGGCUGCUGUGGACUCUUGUUCCAAGGCCUUCACGUCCUGGUCCGAGACCUCCAUCCUGGCCCGACAGCAGGUCUUUCUGCGCUAUCAGCAGCUCAUCAAAGACAACAUUAAAGAGCUUGCCAAGUCCAUCACAGUGGAACAAGGCAAGACCCUUGCAGACGCAGAGGGGGAUGUGUUCAGGGGAUUGCAGGUUGUGGAGCACGCCUGCAGCAUCACCUCUCUGAUGCUGGGUGAAACUCUGCCCUCCAUCACCAAGGACAUGGACACGUACACAUACCGCCUCCCCCUUGGGGUAUGCGCUGGCAUCGCCCCUUUCAACUUCCCCGCCAUGAUCCCAUUGUGGAUGUUCCCUAUGGGAAUGGUGUGCGGCAACACGUACCUUCUAAAACCUUCCGAGCGGGUACCGACAUGUGCCAUGCUGCUGGCCAAGUUGCUGCAGGAUGCUGGCGCUCCGGACGGGACCCUCAACAUUAUCCAUGGACAACAUGACGCUGUAAACUUUAUUUGUGACCAUCCGAGUAUCAAGGCCAUCAGCUUCGUUGGCUCCAAUCAAGCGGGGGAGUACAUUUAUGAGAGGGGCUCCAAAAAUGGCAAGAGAGUGCAGUCAAACAUGGGCGCAAAGAACCAUGGCGUGGUGAUGCCCGAUGCCAACAAGGAGAACACUCUCAACCAACUUGUGGGUGCAGCGUUCGGGGCUGCAGGCCAGCGCUGCAUGGCUCUGUCCACGGCCAUCCUGGUGGGCGAGGCUCGCAGUUGGCUGCCAGAGCUGGUGGAGCGCACCAAGGCGCUGCGUGUCAAUGCAGGAGACCAACCUGGUGCAGAUGUGGGUCCACUGAUCUCCCCUCAGGCCAAGGACAGAGUCUGCAGUCUGGUCCAGAGUGCAGUGGAUGAGGGUGCUAAGGUGCUCCUGGAUGGCAGACAUGUUAAAGUUACAGGUUAUGAGAAGGGCAACUUUGUGGGUCCAACCAUCAUUGGCAACGUCACACCUCAGAUGAAAUGCUACACCGAGGAGAUUUUUGGACCUGUGCUGGUCGUUCUGGAGGCCAACACUCUGGAUGACGCUAUCCAUUUGGUCAACGAGAAUCUCUACGGAAAUGGUACCGCCAUCUUCACUACAAACGGGGCCACUGCUCGCAAAUACACACAUGAGGUGGAUGUGGGCCAGGUUGGAGUCAAUGUUCCCAUCCCAGUGCCACUGCCCAUGUUCUCUUUCACGGGAUCAAGAGGAUCUUUCAGAGGCGACAUGAACUUCUACGGAAAACAAGGCAUUCAAUUCUAUACGCAGAUCAAAACCAUAACCUCACAAUGGAAAGCUGAGGAUGCUACCCUCAAGACUCCAGCCGUUACCAUGCCAACCAUGGGACGCUAGAAAAGCAGUCCCAUGGUUGCAAAGUGACUAAAAGGAAAUGACUGUUCAAUGACUCAGUGGCAAUUGCUAAUAAAUAGUACAGUAGUUCCCUUUUUAAA